AAAUCAGUGAUAGGGUGGAUUCCAGCUCAAACCGCACAAAACUUGGCUACCAAUGGUAACCACACCCCCUAUGGAAUCAAAUGGGUAGGCCUAUAUGGGGAUUUUGACAGACGUUUGCAGCGACUAGCCUACUACCGACUCAAGACUGCCCUAGCAACCCGGUGGAUGAGCCAACCAUAACCGUGUAAAACUCGAGACUCUGCCGCUACUGGGGACAGGAAACGACAGAGAUCAGAGAGAGCUGCGGAACAGUGUGGCUGGCUGGCGGUACAAUACAGCGUUAUAACAAGUAUGGUACUUGGUAUGGUACGUAUAGUACUUUCAAGGCACGGUAGCGGGAAUGGAGGAUUUGUGGAAUGACGAUUUGAACACUGGGACAGGUUCGGCGUGAGCGGCAAGCUUUAAUGUUACAGUGGAACACACUGUAGAUGUAGGCUAAUUUGUAUAAUUGUUUAUGUUACAUUGUGUUGUCACUUUCGUUGGCAAAGUUGACAUUUGUAGCUUUCAUUCAAAUUCCUAUUUUAGGAGACUUCAAAUCUGUGUUUGAUGCAUUUAUUCUAAAUGGAUAUAAAUGGAUAGAGUUCCCAGAUAUGAAUUAUGACUGAUAAUAUAAGGCCAUCCACUGGAUGAACUGUCAAAGAACACCAGAUUCAACUUGACUCGCUUCUUUGCUACUUUAAUUCGUGCGUCACACAGCUCAAAUCUUGAGUUGGAAGAGAAAUAAAAGUGAUUGAACAGUCUUGUACAAGUUGUUCCAUGAUGGAACAUAAUCAUUCUUCACCGCGAGGAUGAACCACAGAACCAGCCCCGUCAAGGCUUACGAUUUUCUGCUUAAGUUUCUCCUGGUGGGAGACAGCGAUGUGGGAAAGGGGGAGAUACUGGCGAGCCUCCAGGACGGAGCCAGCGAGUCUCCGUAUGGCUACAACAUGGGAAUCGACUACAAGACGACAACGAUACUCCUAGACGGAAGAAGAGUCAAGCUGCAGCUCUGGGACACCUCUGGCCAGGGGCGAUUCUGCACCAUCUUCCGCUCUUACUCCAGAGGAGCGCAGGGUGUGAUCUUGGUCUAUGACAUCACCAACCGAUGGUCGUUUGAUGGUAUUGACAGAUGGAUUAAGGAGAUAGAUGAGCAUGCACCGGGAGUGCCUAAGAUCCUGGUGGGGAACCGGUUACACCUGGCCUACAAACGCCAGGUGACCACAGAGCAGGCCCAGGUGUACGCCGAGAGGUUAGGGGUCACCUUCUUUGAGGUCAGCCCGCUGUGCAACUUUAAUAUCACAGAGUCCUUCACAGAGCUGGCCAGGAUAGUCUUAAUGAGGCAUGGCAUGGAGAGACUCUGGAGGCCUAUCAAAGUUUUGAGUCUUCAGGACCUGUGCUGUCGUUCCAUCGUGUCCUGCACCCCUGUCCACCUUGUUGACAAGCUUCCUCUCCCCCUUGCUCUCAAGUCCCACCUCAAGUCUUUCUCCAUGGCCAACGGCCUCAAUGCCCGCAUGAUGCACGGACGGUCCUACUCCGUCACCACCACUGCUGCCAACACCACCCACAUCGCCACCAAGAGGACCGGAUGCCAGCUGCUGAAAAAGAAAAAACUCUUCCGUCCUCCACCGCUCAGCCCGGCGGCCGAACAGAGCUGCACUGGCAAGAGCUGCAAGAUCUCCUAGCAACCAGUUGAAACAGGAAGAGGAAGUCCUUGGGGAAGAAGGUUGUUAUCACAUGAACAGGAAGUUGUUGUUGAUCACUAGUGCAGCCAAAGAUGGUGGAUAAAUGAAGAUGAACACCGAGGCUGUUUACCAUUUUAAAAAAUGGUCACAGUUCCGGUCUGCUUAAGGGGUGGCUCUCCCAUAGGCACCAAUGUAUUAGCAGCUGGGUCUGGUCUACUUAGUUCAUUGACUGUAUAUGAGCGAGUGAGAUGUCUUCCUUCCUCUUCCGUCUCUGGUGCAGCCAUAGACUUAGAUAGACAUUGCGUCAUUAUUUCUGUCCCAUUAUAAUAAUUUGGUAGGUGCUUACAAGUGUGUAUUAAUACACAUGUGAAUUACAAAUGUUAUUUUUUGCAUAUCCCAAUGCUCCCCGAGACACCCACAGAUAGUAGGGUCAUGGCCAGGGUCUGCCGUUAUCAACAAGAACCCUGGAGCAAUUAGGCUUAUGUGCUUUGCUCAAGGGCACAUUGACAGAUUUUUCACGUUGUCGGUUUAUGGAUUAGAACUAGCAACCUUUCAGUUACUGGACCAAUGCACUAACCGCUAAGCCACCUGCCCUAUAGGAAGUCCCACCUAGUUGAAUACUUCCAAAUACUGAAAGUCCUCAAUGGCGCUGCCCAUGCUAAAACAAGCUUUUGGGCACUAGAGUCUUCUAUCUACGUCUAUGGGUGCAGCUCGUCUAGGUUCACCAAGAGCCAGCCACAUGAGCUUAGAGGGAGUAUUCAACGAGAGGUGAAUUUAGCAUUCAGUGCAUUCAACUAAGGUAGAUAAACAACCACAUAUCACAUCAAUGGAAAAAGUUUUUUUUUUGUUACAGUUACUGAGAAUGUUGUUGUAGUGAAGGCGUAUACUUGCAAAUAUAUUUUGUAUUUUAGUUUGAUACAUUGGUCUUUAGAGUAUCUUGUAUUUAGAACAAUAAACAUUUGAUGUAUCUUUUGCCCAUCUCUGAUUGUGCAUAAUAUGUUUCCAGAAAAACGAUGAACAUAUGUACUGUGUAAAAAUAUAGUACUAAAUAGUACUAUUGUGUACAAUAUUUGUGGAUGAUCUGUGGUCCUCUUUGCACUGUUUUCUCACCCACUGCGAUCAAUGACACAAAGCAUUCAAAUUAGUUUUAAUCCUGUAGUCUAAUUUCACAAUGAAAGAAAUGUUACUGGACUGGUCUUAUAAAUGGUAUACUACACACCUCUGCCUUUAAAAACAUACUGGACAAAGCCUUUUUAAGAUCUAGCUACUUGUUUUACACAUACUUUUUACAGCAAAAUACUAUUUCUGCCGAAGUCAUCUGGAACUUCAAGUCUGCAAUUCUAUGGAGAAACCAUUUGUGUAGUGAAUUUGUAUGAUAUGUACAGUUAUGACAAUGUUGUUUGAUACAAUGUAUUUUUUCUGUUAUUUGGGUUUGUAUUCAUUUCCAAAUGUACAGUGACAGAGAUUAUACUAUUUCAGAUAGUGACACCAACACCAAAGACUGAGGACGUUACUGAACGAACAAGGGUUUUGUACAGUAAAUAUCACCACACGGAUUUACAAUAAACUUCACGAACAGGAA